AUGGCCACUACCACUCGAAGAAGCAGAAAGAAGAGUCAAGUGCGCCAAAGGCAACGAAACAGAACCCGGCAUAGUCAGAGAAGAUUUCGAGGGGGAAAGACAACUGGGAGGCAUGCAAAAUACAGCCGUGGAAAGAAGAGGUUUGCUGGGACUUCCAGGAGAACACAGAAGCUGCGGCUGGACAGUGUUCGGAUGACCAAUGAGGCCCAGAACAUUCUGCACUUUUGUGUGCAUGACCUCUACAAAAAGGUGUCCUUGGCAGCUGAGCGCUUGAGGAAGAAGAAACGCCAUGCUUCAAUUACUGUCUCAGAUGUAAGAAAUGCCCUGAAAAAGAUCAUGCCAAGGAAGUAUGACAGAAAGUCUGUAUCCACCAUCACCUGCAGAUGCCAUUAG